AUGGUCGAAAUCGUCGAAGAGCCCGAUGAGCAGACUUCGGGAGCCGGCAGCUCCACUCCGCCGCCGCCGCCGCCACGAGCACAAUACACCUCGAUUUCGGUAUUUUUUGCGGGAAAUUUAUGGAAAGAUGCGAAUUUUUACAGCAAUACGUGUCGGCGAACACAUUGGACUGCGUACUGUUCGUCUCGCGCGUGCUCACCGUCUUUUUCGCCCUCAACUACAUGCUUCCGUUCAUCGGACUCGUUCCGGCCCAUUCCGCCUAUUAUAAAAUCUUCGCUGCCUGUAAGGGAUCGCUGUUCAGUUGUUUUACGAUAUUUUCCUAAUUUCAGCUGCGGCCACGUUCGCCCUCCGUCUUCACAUGCGAAUCCGCGGCCAAAUCGCACUGAACGCCGAGUUCAUGCAGAGAUUGGUCAUCGAGGACGCGUUCCACUACCUGAUUUACUCGAUCGUCUUCCUGAUGGCCACCCCGGUCAGCAUGGCCGCCCUUCCGAUCACCAUCUACGCCGCACUUCACGCCGCCACCUUCUUUGUCAGUUUUCAGACCAUUAAAACACUGAAAAUCCGUUCUAAGCCUCAACAAUUGGCCUAGAAGCUCAAGUUUGUUCAAUGAAACACACUUUUUGCAACAAAGUUAAGCGACUCGGUCAUUUUUUGUGGUUUUCAACGGAUUUAGGGUGCUUUUCUCGACAAUUCUAUAAAACCGAUCAAUUUUGCAGACGAAAGCGAUGCGCGAGACGGGUCACAACGUGGGAAUCGUGCCAAAAAUCGAGCAGUUCACUUCGCAACAGACGCAGAACGCGCUGGGCAUCAUCGCGUGCUCGGAGAUCUUCCUCGUGCCUCUCCUCGUCUCGCUGAUCUUCAGCGGCAAGGGCUCGCUGCUCCUUCCGUUCGUCUACUACCGCUUCCUAUCGCUCCGUUACGCCUCCCGUCGCAAUCCGUCCACACGCCAGGCGUUCGCCCAGAUGCGUGGAUCUCUGCAGAACGUGGCCACGUCGGCGAGCUGUCCCUCUCCGAUCCGCUCGUUCAUCCAUCGUGCCAUCGACUUCAUUUCGGCACGCGCACCGCCAGUCAUAUAACCGCAUAACAUUUCAUUGAUGUUCUCUCUCGAUCUUCUGAUUUAUCUGUGAGCUUCUAUUUAUCCAAUGUUUAAUCCACGCUUCAUGACAUUUUUAUUGUUUUUUGAGCAAUGUGCGUACAUUUAAAGAUUUGAAAAUCAAAUUCCCUCAAAGCUCACGUUUUAGGACAACUUUCAAGACUCAAUUUUGGCGAAAAAUUCGGGACGGUCACUUUUUUCCGUACGCAAUUCACCCCUUUGUGUUGCGUUGCUCAAAAUACGUCCUCCACAUCUUCCAUGCUAAUUUCUUGUGCCGCCGAAUGAACGUCUAAGCGCGCAAGCUGGUGCUCACCCGUUCGGAGGUCUCAGCAAACACCCGCCGAAGCUGCUUCAGGUGACCGUGGAGGAACAUUACAAAAUAUCGAUCGGUAGGUUAUGCAAUGCAAACACGGCGCCGCGGGGCGCGCGAGUCGAAAAGGCAAACAAACCGGGAGGGCGGAGGGAAGCAAGCACAGGUGGGAUCGCACAAAAGCAGAGGACGCAGUGUUUGCUCGCAUUUUCAUGAUUCACCGCUCUCUCGCGUGGCGGCUUGUUAGACGCCACAGAGAGAGAGAAAGAGAGAGGAGAAACAUACCAUCUUUCACUAUACAACACUCGUUCCUCACUUUUCCAUGUCACCCGCCUUAAAAGUGUAUCAUUUCAGAAGAAGCCGCCAACGUGGACACCUCGAAAUGGCGUUCCCCAGCCAGCUGCUCAUCAGUAUGGGCGUGAAAAUCGUCAUCAUUGUAAGUUUUGCACCUCGACACUUUUUUUUCGCCGCGAAAAAUUUGCGACACCUAUGCGUUUGCAAGUAUUUUCACUUUUCGCUUAACCUAAAUAUUGAUUUUAGAGAAACGUUUUCCUGAUCAAUCGCAUUUCAUUCGAAACGAAAAUGCUUGCCACGUAUUUUGGACGUUUCAAAAAAUUUAAAUGCCUGAUUUUUGCGGUUUAGCGUGAGGAAACUUUUAAAAAAGAGUCUAAAUUUGAGUGUGCCUCAAAAUUUCCACUGUAAACACAGUUUUUGAUGUGAGAUUUAGGAGGAUGUAGUGAAAAUUCAUUCGCGCUUUUAAUUCCAAUGUGCCGCCUGUCACGCGUUCGAUUUUCGCGUUGAAACAGUCCGGAUAAAUCAAGCAAGUUGUACCAAAAGUCUAAAAAAAUGGGUCCUCCCAAAAGAUCUACACAAGUUUUACAAAAUUCGAGUCGACGAGUCGUAACGUACACUUUAUUCAUCGAGUGCGCCCAGUUCUGAGUCAUGCCUCUUUUUUUGUGUGUGUGUUAUUCAAAAAUAUUCAUCGGCGAUGACUCACCAACACUCGCCCACGCACACAUACUUUUCCGAUUUUCGGACCGUUACGCGCUUGGCUAUAGAGAAAACUUUCAAUGUUUUGUGCAAUAACCUCCUAUUAUAGGGGCACCGGACAGAAAGGGCGCGCUGUUCGCAAUCUGGUCGAAUUUCUAGGCCGCAAAGUCAUUUUCCACAGGAAACGUAGCCUAACUUUUAUUUUCCAACUCGGCCCCGAGGUCGCUCAAUUUGCGCACUGAAAAAAGAGCUUCUCAACAGAGCGCCAUUUCUUUUCAUGACAUUUCCAAAAAUAGUUGCAUUCUUAUAUAACACAAACAGUAACGAUGGUAAUAAUCGGAAGAACAAUGUUAUCAGUCGGUGUUACGAGCCAAGCCAUGUCUUGUCUUUCCUUGCAAACCGCCAAAUAUUUGCAUAUUGCGGUCGCGAGGUCGAAGACGAUGGGGUACUUGGACGUACACACACACACACAACCGAUUAGUCAUAACUGAACAGAAUGCAAUGCAAUAAUUGGAAUUUGUGCUUGGAAGAGUUUGGCUAGGGAUGCGAAAUGUAAUGUACAACACAAUCACGGCGACCAAAAGUGUAGAAAGGGGCGUGGCCUAAUCUGAGACGCGUUUUCUGAAAAUUGUCGCAAUUCCACAGCACGUUUCCGAUAUUUAUGUGUUUGAUAUCGACGAAAGAAGACAUUAAUGAGAGAAAAUAUUGAAAUUUUCGUGAAAACGCCGCGUUUGCGACGUUUUUGGCAUAUUUCGGAAUUUCGGAAUUUUCAUACCGGCCGAUCCGGAUAGUUUUGAGACGAAGUGAGUGUCGGAAGUGAUUAGGCACGUUAAUACAAGUAUUUUAAGCGUUCAAACGGCAAAAAGUAUCGGCGAAUGACUGAAAUUCGCGCAUUUCCAGCACAAAACUUGAAAAUCGAUUCAAUUGAUUCAUUUCUGAAUGAAACCUGCUCGUUUUCGGCUCAAAAAGUGCGCGCGAUGAUUAGUUUAACAAAGUUAUGCAAUUACAUUGUCGAAAUCGUACAAAAUUUGGGUGGUCACGAAAAACAUGAUAAAAAUGGGGUUAAAUUUCGAAUUUCGCGCCAAAAUGCUGACAAAACCGUGCACGCUAGGCCACGCCCCUUUCCACGUUUUUGGUCGCCGUGCACAAAUAGUUUAGCGCCUGCACUUUGAAACCUAAACACUCACUCUGUUCGCUUGCAAACCUUUCUGGAAUCUCCGAAGACAUUUCACAACCAUUUCCUUUGCAGAUCCUCACGAUCGUCACGCUGAUCCUGCUGGACCCGUCGUACGUGACGGCGUACAUCUCGAUCAACUACGAGAUCGUGAUCAUCUACCUCGUCUCGGCGCUGACCCUCCUCUACUGCAUCGUCUCCAUCCUGAUGGCGUUCCUGCUGGCGAAACGAGGCGACGACACGCCGCUCACCAACUGCGCGUUUUCGGUAAACUUUUUGUGGUCACUUUGCCAAUUUACCAGGCACAAUAGGGGGGUGUAUAAUUGAGUUUGUGUGGUUCGGAGUUGGCAGCAAAUUGUUUCGGGUUUUGCAGGAAAUCAUCUUCGCGACCGCCGGAAUCAUGGGAUGGCUCAUCAUCAUCGGCAUCGGCGGCACCAUCUCGCAGAGAACGAUCAUUGAGACGGGCGAGAGAUUCGGAUGGAUUGGGGUGAGCGAGAUGGAAAUUGUUACUGUAAGCACGAAAUGUUCGAGAGAUGGCAGAAAAAGUCCCAGCCUUUCCGGAAUUGGUUUAGAGCUCCCUAAGCCCUGAGCCCAUGUAGAAUCCCAAGUUUCCGAAAGAAAAGAAGUCAGGGAAUGGCAGAGAACUCGAAUUUUUGCAUAUAUGAUUCAGAAGCCUAGACUUUUACAAGGUUCCUAACCUUCAUCCGGCAGAGUUUUUAAAAAACGCGCUCUGAUUUUUGUGGUCAACGGCGAUGAAAAAUGAUUGUUCGACAUGAAAACACAACAAUUCUCAGAAUUAAUUACGUUUUGGCGCAUUUUUCGCGGACUUUGCUUUUUCGCCUUCGCCGUCUAUAAAGCGCACUUCUCAUUUUGCGCCUUCUUGACCGUUUUCAGACAGAAUUGGUUUUGAGAACUAUAAAUCACGUAAAUACAAGCGUUUUGAGCGCUCGAACCGCGAAAAUUACCGAAAAACAACUGAAAUUCACGCAGUUUUAGCCAAAAACCUUCAAACGGACAAAUGUGAUUUGCGACUUGACCAAAUUUGACGCUUUUUCGUUUAAAAAAUUCGUAAUGGUCUAUAUAAUCGGUCUAUCGAGAGAGAAAUAAGAAAUUAUCGGUUUUCCGUGGCUAAUCUGACAAAAAACACAAAUUUUGCUGUUAAAAUGUGAAUUUCGCGCCAAUGUAUCGCUCUAUUGGGCGGGGCGCCGCACUUGCGCCCAUUGUCAGCUCUGGAGACCGUGAAGCGGUAGACCAAAAAAUCUGAAAACUCAUAAACUUUGGAUGUAAUUUCUGAAAACGCUGCUUCUGCAAAUGCUUUUGGGCCCUGAGUUUCCUCUGAAACGUUUGUCACAUGUUCGCUCACCGCGUGACUCUGUUUUAAUCGGAUUCUCUCAAAUGGUGUCACGAAAACAGCGGAAAUGAGAAAAUCGAGUCAAUUCUCUGUUGUUUUGGCCAAAGAAAAGUGAUCAGUAGGAUAGCUUGAGGUCUAGAAUCUGUAUGUAAACUUCUUUGCGCUCCACUCAAAUUCUUCGAGUCUUAGUAGAUCGAAACAUGUUUUUUUUCUAGGCGCUUGCUGGCCUCAACAUGGGCUGCUUCAUCGUCAUCUUCCUCAUCUUCCUCAUGAACGUCUUCAACGAGAAGGUGAUGCAACGCAAUUCCCGCUUCCAAAAGUACGAUCGUGGAUACGUGCAAUAG